AUGCCGCGUAGCACCUCCUGGCCCGCGCCUGGCAGCGCCACGGCGAUCCCCAGCACCGCUGGGACAGCGUACCCUUCGUCGACAACACCGUAUUCGCGACAGGGCGUCUCACCAUAUGCUCCGAGCACCGCACCAGCCACCUCUACCCCACUCUCCAGGCCCGGCAGCGCCACAGCCCCUUCAACAGCACCUCCUCCAUCGCAGGCAGCGACAACCCCGUAUCCGCCGUACGCCGCACGCGCCUCAUACGUGCCCACCACCUACGCCCCAACCAACUCAACCGCCACCCCGGCCACGCAAGCGUUACCAUCAGCCCCGACAACAGCCCCGCCACAACAACCCCAGUUAUCAACAACCGCAGCACCAGGCAGGGGCCCACCACAGCCCGCGCGCAUGGGCCAAGCCACCAUGCCGCCAUCCACAGCGGCCCCGCCAACCGCCACCUACUACCGCGGCGCACCAAUGGUGUGCACCAACCCCGCCUGCAGCUGCCACCUCAGCUACGCCCGUGGUGGUACUGCCGCGCCACCACCGCCCCCGUUGUCGUCAUCAACGGGCGCUCCGCUCGCCUCUUCUGCGCCGGGCACCGCGGGCCCAGCCGUGUACAGCCGCGUGGGCAUGGCCUCACGACCGCCCCCGCCACCAGCACCAGCAGCAGCAGCAGUGGCAUCCACACCAGCGGGUCCCCCCAUGCCGUACAGUAACGCCUCCAGCACUCCUGCAACUUCUGCCGCCACCCCACCGGCGCCACGCCGCAACUCAACUGCACCCACCACACCAGUGCCCGCCUCCCCGUCCACGUAUGCCACCACAGCACCCGGCACGCCCCGCGCCGUCACCGCCAUGACGUCCACAUCCACGACAAUGACAGCAGCAGCAUCGCCAACAGCACCACUGACCACCACGACCAAUGGAUACUCGGCGGCGCCGCAGAACCGCUCCCGCCCGCCCUCUUCCCUGGGCACAACGAGCGUGACAGCGUCGCCUGCCCCGCAGCCGCGGACAACCAGGCCCGUGCCCAACAUGGGCGCCGUGGGCAAGCCAGCACCGGGCAACACCGCCUACGCGCCGUCUGCACGCUAUGCAUCCAAGCCGCCGCCAACGGCUGCGUCGUCAUCGGCCUCCAUGCCAGCGACGCCGGUGGCGGGCCGCACCAUGUCCUACUCGUCAGCGUCGUCGGCGUACAACGCGUCUGUUGCCGGCCGCCCGUACGCCCGCCACCCAGCGCCACCACCGUCAACAACCGCCGUCUACUCCCCACGACCAACGGCCGGCAGCAACACCCCUGGCGCCUACAACACCCCCGCGUACGGCAACAGCAGCAACAGCAUGAGCAACAACAGUACCAUGGCCAGCAGCAGCAGCGGCCCCGCCAAUGUCCCUUACACGGGGCGGCAGUCUGUCCCGGCAACGCCUGCGCCGCCGAAGACAACGCGCAGCGCAUCGGUGCCGUCAACGCCGCUGCACCACGCGCUGCACUCGACGGAGCCCCUGCCCUCGUUUGGCGACGGCGACCUCCCCAUCCCCGGCGGCGCAAACAGAACCGCCGCAGACGUGCUUGCUGCCCUCGCCCGCGUGGAGUCGGAGACAGACGACCCAGCGAGCGGCCACCAUGGGCAUCAGGGCCACCCCACGCACGGCCGCGGCGCGCACCCCAUGCCCACGGGUGCUGCGCCUUACCCGCGCGGCACUGGCAGCGGUACGGGCACGGCAGGCAGUGGGCCAGGCAGCCACCCCCACCGCCACGGCGGCGCACAGGGUGCCGCAGCGUACACGCCAGCGCCAUACGUGUACCGGUACUGGCAGUCGUCGCACCACCAGACGUACUUUGGGUACCUGAGCUCGCUCAACCGCUCGCGCGGGGCGAGUGCGGCGGCAGCGCAGCGACGCAGGCGGCGUGGGGAGUACUCGUGCCAGGGGGUGCAGGAGAACCAGGCGUCACUGGAGAUGUACCUCAAGUCACUGCACAUGAAGGUGUCGCUACAGCAGUACCGGCUGUUCCAGCUGCGCCACGCCGCCGACAAGUCCCAGGACUACAAACCUUACCCACUCAACGCCUCCCUUCGCGAGCUCAAGGAACACACAAAGCACAUGGAGCUGAGCAAGCUUGACGCUGCCGCCACCAGCAGCAGAAGCAGCGCCAGCAGCAAGGACAAGGAUAAGGACAAAGACAAGGAAAAGUCGCAACGCACAGCGGCGGCUGCGCUGAAGAGUGCACGGCGGUACCGGCAGUCGAUGGUGUACUUGGACGAGGCGGACCCCGAAGUCACAGAUGACAGCGACAGCGAGGCCGAGGAGCUGCUCUCCUUUGAGGAGACGGCGUGGAAGUAUGACAGCGCCGACGUGAGCUACCGCAUGCGCUGGCUCGCCCUCAAGCUGGGCGAGACAAAGAAGCUGCUGGCAGAGUGCAACGACGCGCUGCGCAAGGCAGCAAGGCAGAAGCGGCGCCGAAAACGGGCGACUGCCCUGGCUGCUGCCGCCGCUGCCACCGCCACGCCAUCGUCAUCGUUGGCGUCCUCUGUGCCAGCACGCUCCGGCACCGUCAUCAGUCACAGCCCGUACACGGCCAGCCUGUCCACGGCCAGACCCGCCGGCAGCGCACACAGGCCGCCCCUUGCAGCCACCAGCACCACCACGACCACGACCACAACCACAACCACACCUUCCACGACAACAGCCGUUGUCACGACCACGCAACCGCCCAGCCAGCAGCAGCAACAGCAACAGCAACAACAACAGCAACAACAGCAGAAGCAGAAGCCGAGCCAGCAGUCACAGGAAACGUCCAAGCUGGAGAGUGCUGGGUGCCGUCGGUGCACGCCGCGUGACCAUGAGCCGGCACCCACCCUGGUCAACCCCGGGCCAUUUGGCCACAUCACCAGCAACCCUGCGCGUGCAAAGACAGUGCCAGAUGUGUCCAUUGAGGGCGUGCGCGCGUUCUCCGUAUGCACGGACCGCUCGUUCCACCCUGUGCUGUCGUUUAUCCGGGAUGCCUCGUACCACGUGCUGCGCCACGUCGACCGCGUGCGCAAGAAACUCAUCAAGAACAAGCCCCACCUCGCCACCAGCGACCUCAAGCCCCUGCGCCGGAAGCCGCGCCCGUCGCUCACCGCCGGCCUCUUUGGCGGGCACAACCCGCUGCACAGCAAGCCAUCGGUACUGGCAGCGGCUGCCCCCUCAUUGUCGUCGUCGUCGUCAUCAUCAUCAACGCCAUCGUCAACGCUGCCCACGCCUGGGUCUUCGAGCACAAUGCGGCAUGGCGUGUACAGCUUGCCCGCCACCGCCCGCUCGUCGCCCUCCCACAGCAACAGCGGCGGCAGCGGCGGUGGAACCAAGGGCAGCUCAUCGUCGUCUGCAGGCACCGGCAGCAAGUCGAGCAAGGGUGCCAGCAGCAAGAACGCGGGCAGUGGAGCCAGCAGCGGAAACGGGAAGACGAAACGACGGUCCCGUGCCCUCUUCUCGUCCACGUCGUCGUCGUCCGCAGCAGCAGCAGGGAAUGGCGGCGGGUCUGCAAGCGCGCCUGCAACGCCACGCAAGACGAGCGGCAGCGGCGCAGCGCGCAGUCGGCUCUCCUCACGCUCGUCCACAGCCAACACGUCCGCAACCAACACGCCAAACGCGAAGCGCAGCAGCGCCUCUGCUGGUACAACUGCAAAGGCUGGCCCGACAUCGCAACAGAAGCGGCGUGGAUCCGCUGAUGGCGCGGGACAGCCAGCAACGAAACGCAGCAAGCAGCAGCAACAGGGAGGUGCAAGCGGUGGCGUGGCUGGCGGCGUGGCGACAGCUGGGAAUGGCAGCAACAAGGCAGCAGGGAAGGCAGGGGUGUCUGGGGCGUCGUCACUGUCGUCAUCAGCGCCGCUGCUGCGACCAACACACCUGUCGCAGUCAUCGUCAUCAUCGUCGUCGUCGUCGUCAGCUGUCGCAUCCGCACUGCCUUCACCGCGUGUUGCAACAACAGUGUCGCCCACAACCACAACAGCCAAGGGCACAUCGUGGCAAUAA